UUCUCUCUCUCUCUCUUCUCUCCUCUCACACACACCUACCGCACCCCUCCAGCCAUGCGUGUUCUGGCCAGGGCAGCGCUGCUGCUGGCUUGCUGUGUGUGGGCGACCCGGGGCCAGGCCCAGAGCAGCCAGGCCGGCACCAACGCCAAGGACAACGCCAACCCCAACCAGGGCAGCCAGAGCAACAGCCAGAGCAGCAGCAGCAGCAGCAACAGCAACACGCCGACCACCAACGCCAACGCCAACGCUAACACCAACGCUAACGCCAACGCCAACACCAACGGCAGCCGGCAGCGCAGCAUCUGGGACGAGCCCAUCCGGUUCAGCACCAAGGGCAAGGACGCCUGCACCAUGGUCAUCUCCGGCCAGGGCGACUUCACCAAGCUGCGCGUCUCCUGCAAGAACAAGGGCAAGUCCUACUGGUGCGACUUCCUGGGCAAGCCCAACCACUGCCGCGCCUACAACAACAACCCACGCCACUACUUCACCCAGAUCAUGUGGGAGAUGCGCAAGCUGCCCAACGCGUGCCAGGGCGCCCGCUCCUACAAGCCACUCAUGUGCAAGUCCUCCAGCGACGACACCCAGAUGGCCUUCCACACCUCCUGGCCCAAGGUGACCGCCGCUCGCCCAGCUCAGCCCGGUCAGGACCGCCAGAAGCAGGAGCAGCAGCAGAACCAGCAGAACCAGCAGCAGCAGAACCAGCAGCAGCAGAACCAGCAGAACCAGCAGCAGCCUGGCAAGCCCAGCACCACCACCACCAAGGCUCCCGCUCAGAAGCAGCAGAAGCCCCAGCAGCCCAAGCCCGGGAAGACGCAGCAGAGCAAGCCCGCCGGCAAGCCCAGCCAGCCCAAGAAGCCCACGCCCAAGCCCAAGAGCACCACGGCCAAGCCCACGCCGUACGGCGACAGCAAAGCCGGCAAGAUGGCACAGGAGUACUGCUGGAAGAGCUUCCAGGGCAUCUGCGCCUACUUCAUCGGCUGGUUCCAGAACUAAGACAGGGGGUCUGCUGUAAAGCCGUCGAAGAGAUUCAGAUUUCUUCUGAGUUGAUGCAGAGGAAGACACUGUUUGUUCAGUGAUUCACUGGAGGAGCGAGCCAAUUUGUGUUUUGUAAAGCAGAAUGCAGCCAUCUUGUGACGUUUGUUGUCAAUAAACCACCUUUGCUACUUUCCUGCGUACAGUAUGUUGCUGUUCCACACGCUCACCUAGUGCUUCUCUCUGCAGCCGCUGUUGAAAUGUUUGCUUUUAGCUUCUUUUUUUUCUCCAACAUUUACUUACAAGCCAAAUGGUUUGGGUGUGUGGUACUUGAACAUUUUUUGCUUUUGAAGAAAGACAGAAAAAAGAUGAAACAUUUAUGGGGGUGCAAUGAGCUGUAGACAUAUGCUUGAUGCUUGUAAAAGGCAUUCUUUGCGAUGGCAGAUAUGUAAAUUAACAUUUUGUAUAUGCAAUGAUUUUCACUAUCACUGAAUCAAGGAGAGAUUUUGUGUCCUUGCAGAGGAGACAAAACUCUCACCAAUGGUUCACCGUCUGUCUCCUUUCAACAUUUGAAUGGAAAUCCAAAUGGUAU